UCCGCUAUUGCCUCAUUCAUUUGCACACUACGAUACAACGAGCAACGACGACGGCCACGAUCUCGCCCAUCGUAAUCGUAUGUCGUUCUCUCUGAAUUUGCAGAACGAAGAAAAAAGUCUUCUGAUUUUUCCAAUGAAAUUUUUGCUAACUUUUCUCGUUUGAAAAUGAUUGAAAGAGGCCUGUAUGCGUAGGGCAAGUCGCGAACAUCAAAUUGAUAGUAGAAUUUUUGCAAUAGAUCCCGUUAUUGUGGGAUAAAAUCAGUUUGAAAAGUGGAAAUUUUCUGCUUGCGGAUCGAAUCGAAAAGAGCCACAGCAGUGAGCCAUCACGGGAACACUCUGGAAGACAUUUCGAGCGAAACGAAGCAAGUGUAUAGUUAAAGUGCGUGUGGAAAUUGCCAGUUUGUUACGUGCUGAAAAGUAUCGGAAUAGUGCGCCGGAUUUUCAUGGUUCUGCGAAAUAAGGGCGACAGCCGCCUUACUGCUGGAUAACGCCAAUGACAGCAGUGAAUGUGUUUCAACUUCCGGAAAGUGCAUAGCGUUUGUGACAGUGGUGAGAAUUUUCGUGCAGAAAUCCUUCCAGCAGUCACAUCCGUCGUCCGUCGAGAUUGAUCGCAAAAUGUUUCCACGGUACUACCGAGAGCCUUGAGGACUCGCGGUUUCACAUUCGAUGUGGCUAACAAUGAUGUGAGACACACUUACAGACUGAACACACACAGUCCAGGAAGGAAACCCAAAUAUUACAAGUGAAAGUGAUAACACACAUAAAACCUCUAUAUGCGUAGCAUUGUGAGCUAUUACUGAUAUAAAAUAUGCAGUAAGCGCCUGUUCACUGCGAAUAGGUUGUAUAUGAAGUUCAACGAAGUGUAAUCUAAUUACCAAAGUAGUUUAGUGCAAACAAAUUAAAGCAACUUGCAAGUGGGAGUAGAAAGGUUCCAACCAAUAGACAGAAAACCAGUUUAACUAGUCUUUGUUUCCGACACAUAUAUAUAUUCCCUAUCAUAUGGAUCGCGAACGGGAUCGGGAACGCGAACGCGACAGGGAUCGUGAACGAAGUCCGAAACGUUCAAAACAUGGAAAGAAGCGUUCGAGAAAGAGCAAAAAGGCGAAGAAGCGACGGCACGCUUCCAGUGAGGAAGAAAUAUCCUCGUCCGACGAUCGACGAAGUAAAGGCUACCGACGAAGCAGCGACAGCGGCGGGCGUGGUGGAACCGGCAAUGGUGGCGGUUCAUCCAAAGCAAUUGUUGAAUAUUCCGAUGUAAGUUCGGAAGAUUUCUCCGCACCGGAAGCAGGCGAGAUUGAAACCGAUGGCAGUGGCUCACCCUUCGCCGGCCCUGUCGGAAAUGAUUCUAGCAGUAAUAUCAGUAGAAUUAUCAGUAAUAACGAGAAAAGUGCCGCGACAACCGUUAAAUUGUAUAGUAAAAAUUCCGCUCCUGUUCAGCAUGAACGAUCUGGUAGUGUUAGCUCAUCGCUUCCCGCUUCAUCUUCGGCUAUAAAUUCAUUGACGACCGUUGAAACCAGCGUGGUCGCUAACGCCAUGGUGACUGCAAUUACUUCGUACGUCGAUAGAAUAACGCAAGGUGGCGCUCCAGCCGGUUCCGUUACUGUUACGGAGAGUGGGCGAAGGGUUAGCAUCACUGCCACGUCGCCAAAGAGCCAAUCGUCGCAUUCGCAUUCAUUUCGGUCCAAACGUAAAAAUUCUAUAUCAUCCGAUACUUCCUCUAUGAAACAGGCUUUGAAGCGGCACCAUCAUCAUUUAGAGCCCCCUGCUUCACCGGCUGAGGACACGGAACCAGAACCCGGUGUUGAGCUCAUGGACGACGAGAUGGUCGAAGAGGAGGAAGAAUACGAAAUUGUUGAAGAAGAGGAGGAAGAGGAAGAAGAAACGAUUGGCCGGAAACGAAAAAAGAACAAAAAGGAUAAGAAGCACAAGAAGAAUAAAAAGUCCAAGAAACGAAAGAAAAAGAGGGCAAAAUCGAUUUCAAGCAUCGAGACCAUAUCGGAAAGUGAGGAUUCACUGCUGGAGUGUAUGGAGUCGCUGACACCGCCACUGAAGGAGUCACCGGAUUAUGAGAAAACGUACACACCAGUGCGAAACGACGAGAGUCUAACACCGUUGUCUCCUGGAACACCCCCUAUUCGUCCCUCGAGCCGAAUGAUUAACAGUCCGUAUGGUGAUUCAUCCCGAGGGCGCAGCCCGCAUAUGAGUCGUGGAGCUUCGACUCGAAAGUUGUACCAAUCGGUAUCGUCUCCGCACACGCCUCCGUUCGUAAUGAAGAAGGGAUUCUCGGGAUAUCAACAGCAACAGCAGCAGCAGCAAAUGCAGCAUGAAAGUCCCAUACCCAUAAGUGACAGUCCAACCCACCGGAGUAGCAGUUCACGAUACCGUCGGAGCCAAUCAAUCAGCAGGCAUGGUACCAAUCGACGGAGUCCAAGCCCAAAUGGCCGACAUAAACCGUACACGCCACCACCCUCAAAACGACGAAGGGAUAGAUCACCUCCGGAAAAAGAUUACUAUCGGAAGGAGAAGCGAUAUGCUUGGCGGGAACCGGAAUGGUCUCAGCACGACCGACGGGGAGAUCAAGCCCGGAGAAGUCCCAGUCCAUUUACUACUCACCGUAAUCGCAGUCGUCGUUCGCCAUCCAAACCACGAGCUCGCAAGACUUACUACAUUAGUCCCUCUCCCGAUCGGAGUCGCAGUCGGGCUCGCUCGAGGCAUCAUUCGCGAAGUCCAAGACGGUCGCCGCCUUCUAGCAGACGAUAUUCGAGUGACAGUCGGUCACGUUCUCCCCUCUCGGAUUUGUCAGCAGCGAAAAAAUUCGACAUCAAGGAAAAAAUUACCGACACCAGUUUCUUUGCGGAACUGAUAAAAGACAAACACAAGCGGCUGAAAACGUUGAAGGAAAUUCUAGAGAAGAAGGAAGGCCAAGAAGGGGGACCGGCUUCCAAUGUGACGGUAAUUAACGAAAAUAGUAUGUCCAAUGAUUGUGUGGUCUUGGCCCCGGAUGAAAGUGCUGGUAGUGCCAACGGAAUGAAGGAUGUAAGCGUAACGGACAUUCCGAUGCCGGACCAGUCGGAUAGUCUGUCUAAAACGUCAGAGCCAGCAUCCAAAGACAUCGUAGACAUAUCGUCCUCAACGGCAAUAGUGGGCAGUACAUCCGAGGAUGGGGCGAGUUGUGACUCACGAAUACCUGUGAUAUUGAAUAGUAAAAGCAGCGAAUGUCUUAAUCAAAGUGCCAGUCAAUCGACCGAAUCGGCGACAAGCGCCAUCUCCGCAGGGUUGGAGUCGAAGCCAGCAACAGUACUCGUUAAACCAAAAAGUCUCACGAAUCUACCAAUGCCACCGGGAGUGAAUGUGGCUGAGUUAGAAGGUGCUCAAACACCCAGUCCGCCACGACAAAUCAGUCCGGUGGCUGGUGCCCAGAUGAAGGUGAUGCCAAUUCCCACUCUCACCACGACGGGAGCGAUCACAAUGCCAAACUUCAACAAUAGUCAUCAUCAUCACCAUCAUCCUCAUCAUCACCACAGAAGCAGCAGUAGCAGUAGUAGUAAUAAGCGCAGCAGUAACGAACAUAAAACUCCCUCGUCGUCCUCGAGUACGUCAUCGUCGGUACCGGCUUCAUCCGGCAAGAAAGGUCUGCUCAAUCUACCCAUGCCGCCGAUGGUGCCAGGUUCUGAAGAUCUUAGCGGUGACGAUGACAUCGGAUCGCCUCCGCCACCAUCGGACACACCGACGAAAAAAUCCAGUAAAUAUGGCAAGCCGAGCAAAAAACCGCGAGGGCGACCAAGGAUUUUAACCAGGCGGUACUCACGCAAUAUGUCCGGACCCAUGUCAGCCUCCGGUGGUAAAGACUGGGGCGAACGGUGCGUCGAUGUGUUCGAUAUGAUCGAGCAAAUCGGUGAGGGAACCUACGGACAGGUCUACAAAGCACGGGAUCGGGAGACGAAUGAGCUAGUAGCGCUGAAAAAGGUCCGCCUCGAGCACGAGAAGGAAGGUUUCCCCAUAACGGCCGUCCGGGAAAUUAAGAUUCUGCGUCAGUUGAAUCACAAGAAUAUUGUAAACUUGCGGGAAAUUGUCACUGACAAACAGGACGCGCUUGAGUUUCGUAAGGACAAGGGGUCCUUCUAUCUGGUGUUUGAGUACAUGGAUCACGAUCUGAUGGGCUUACUCGAAUCCGGAAUGGUUGAAUUCAAUGAACAAAACAACGCUAGCAUCAUGCGGCAGCUGCUGGACGGACUAAACUAUUGUCAUAAGAAAAAUUUUCUGCAUCGAGACAUUAAGUGUUCUAACAUUCUGAUGAACAAUAAAGGGGAAGUGAAGUUAGCUGACUUUGGUUUAGCACGACUGUACAACGCGGACAACCGAGAGCGACCCUACACUAAUAAGGUGAUCACACUGUGGUAUCGGCCGCCAGAGCUGCUGCUAGGUGAAGAACGAUACGGCACUGCCAUUGACGUGUGGAGCUGUGGUUGCAUUCUAGGCGAGUUGUUUCUCAAAAAACCUCUCUUCCAAGCGAACCAAGAACCCGCCCAGCUGGAGAUGAUUUCACGACUAUGUGGAACACCGACGCCGGCUGUAUGGCCAAACGUUAUCAAGCUACCCCUGUUUCACACGCUCAAAGCCAAGAAGCAGUAUCGUCGAAAGAUUCGCGAGGAUUUUGUGUUCCUGCCGGCGUCCUGUCUCGAUUUGCUGGAUAAAAUGCUAGAGUUGGAUCCGGACAAACGCAUAACGGCCGAGGCAGCGCUCAAUUCGGCUUGGCUUAAGAACGUUGUGCCCGACCAACUUCCUCCCCCCAAGCUACCAACCUGGCAGGACUGCCACGAGCUGUGGAGCAAGAAAAGGCGAAGGCAACUCCGCGAACAGCAAGAGUCGGCCGCAAAUUUGCCGCCCGGUAAACCCCCACUACUGAAACCAGCCUCCUGUGCCGCGGGGGCGCCUGUUCGAGCAGCUGGCGGUGGAAGCGGCACGACAGAGUUAGGCUAAGCUACCGAGAGUGCGAAACUGUAUACGCAUGCCCAAAGCGAUUGCGAAUGGGGUUCGAUCAGCAAACGAAAUCAUUCUGCCCUGCUGACAAUAAAGUGCCGCUGGCGGAAGGAAUGGCAACGGUGAGUAGCGACGUAUGUCACUACUACUUUGGGGGAAGCUUCGGUUUCCUGCUGGUAUCUGUCGCCUCUCACAGACGAUUUCAGCUUCUAAGUGGUUUGCUCCGUUUUGGUUGGAGUUCGGAACAAAACUAAAAAUAGGCUCAUAGAAACAAUGAAUGUGUAUGUUAUGCGAGGGAUCAGGACAAGAUGGAAACUGGUUCGGUUUAAUUUUAAUGAUUCUGCGCCCACCAGUUUCUCAAUGCUUGUCAUAUUUUUCUUUGAGGGAGGAAGAAACAAUAGACUUAAACAGUGGACAGCUGCUAUUUUCUAUUUUUAUGAAAAAGAGAACCGAAAAUGUGCAUAAUGGAAAGAAAUAGUGUAUAGAAAAUAAAGUUAGUAAAAAACCCUGUACUAAAUGUAAGUAUAUUGAAAAUACUGAAGCGAUAAAUAAUUAAGAUGUGCAAAAACACAAACUUAUAAACAUGAGAUAGUGAGUAAACGGAAUAUGGAAAAUAUCAAGGACCUAGGUGAGCAGCCCUAUCAACUUGUAAAUUUGUUAUCGAUUGAUUAGCAUAUAGAGACAAAGCCUUAUUUCUUAUUUUUUGUUGUCGGAAAAAAACAAAUACAGUUUAGGAGUUGAACUGAGUUGCACACUCGAAGCUUCUAUACAUUCUCCAUUCAGUUUUGAACUUUUCUUUGUGUCACACAGCAUGAUGAAAUGGAACGAGGUUUGGCCGUAUUUGUACACUCGCUAUGUUUUCAUUCACACGUAUGGAUCCACAAACUAAAUGAAAGUACAAACAACCCUCCCGGAAUUCUUGUCACACUUCUCAUCUCAAAUGCCUUCCUUGAUUUCAACGGUGCGUAGACUGAACUGGCGCAUUGUUUUAUCCUACUAUUGUACAGUGUACACAAUAUAAAAACAAAAAUUACACUACGUACGUUGCAUUUCGCGAUGCCACACAUAUAUGACACGAGGAAAAUAUCAACGUGAAAUCAAAGUCCGCUUAGGUUACACUCAUUAUAAAAAAAGAAAACAGGAACGACUAAAAAAUCAAUUUAUAAAUAAACAACCGUGAGAAUA